GCUCGCUGAGGACCCACAGCCAUCACAGAGGUCUGCCCGAGAUGAAGCUGUUCCUGGUCCUGGCACUUGCCCUGCUGGGGGCCGUCUCUGCUCACCAGCUCCAUGAGGGCAGCCCGGAGCAGGAGGUACCAGCCGAGCAGGGCGAGGAGGAGCCCGGGGAGCCGGAGUCACCGUGCCCCACAGACAGCGAGAGCUUCAGGGUGAUAGUGCCUGGCCAGGAGGGCCACACCUGUCGCUAUGUGUUUGUGAACCGUUGCCUGACAUUUCGGGGAGCCCAGCACGUGUGUGCCCGUUGCUACCGCGGCCGCCUGGCCUCCAUCCACAACUAUGCAACCAACCAGCGCCUGAGAUGCACGGUGCGUGCCCGCACCAACCGGGCCCAGGUGUGGAUCGGGGGCUACACCUCCGGCAGGCACUGGUGUCUGCGCGCCCACUGGGUCGACCGCAGUCCCUGGAACUACUCCAACUGGGCCAGAGGGAACCCCUGCCGCACUAGGCCAAUGUGUGUCGCCAUGUGCCCUGCAGGUGGUCAAUGGAGAAGUGUGAGGUGCUGGGCUAGAAUGCCCUUUAUCUGUCAGUACUGAGGGGGCUGCUCCCCCCACGGGGCCCCGCUGCCCCCACCGCUCUGCUGGCCUGAGACUCCCCGCUCCGCCCUGCCGGGGGCGCCCCUGCUCCCUGGACUCGACUCUGCUCCUGGCCCUGCCCCAGCUCGACGGGGGGGCAGCCCCCUCUUGCUCAUUGCCUGUGACUCCCUGCAAUAAAAAGUGCUUCACUCAUCA